UUGCCAUAGUAACAACAGAGAACCUUGGAAUCGAAUAAAAGCAGCUAUGUCUGUCUAGGGUUGUGUCGAAUCGCUCUUCUUUCGAAGCGCAAACAUGGAAGAAUCAUCUCGAAAACAGCCAUGACUGUGGCUAAUAACAACAAAAAAGAAAUGACUGGCUACACCGUCAAUGAAAAUGGUGAAGAACCGAAUAAAAGUAGCUCACAGCAACGACUUAGUUCGUACGAAAGGCUGACUCGGGAUCUUGCUUCCAACGAGAAAUAUCGACAAGAGGUUGCCCUUGGAAAACGGAUUGGGUUCUACAGAAUCAGAGGCGAACUUGGCACUGGAAAUUUUUGUCAAGUGAAGAUGGGAAUACAUGCUUUAACGCGAGAAAAGGUUGCCGUAAAAAUUCUGGAUAAAACAAAACUAGAUCAAAAGACUCAAAGAUUACUCUCACGAGAAAUAUCCGUCAUGGAAAAGCUUCAUCACCCGAAUAUCAUUCGCAUCUAUGAAGUCAUAGAAACUCUCCCAAAACUUCACAUCGUAAUGGAGUAUGCUGGUGGCGGCGAGCUCUUCGCCAAGAUUUCCAAUGAAGGGAAAUUGCCGGAAAAGGUUGCGAAGAAAAUCUUUUGUCAGAUUCAAUCGGCAGUAGAACAUAUGCAUAAUAACAACAUAAUCCAUCGGGAUCUUAAGGCGGAAAAUGUCUUUAUUGCUGGCCCUAAUCUUGUUAAAGUUGGAGAUUUCGGAUUUAGUACGACCUCAGCGAAAGACAACCCUUUGAAUACGUUUUGUGGUUCCCCGCCUUACGCUGCUCCAGAACUCUUUAAAGACGAGAACUAUGUUGGUAUAUACGUAGAUAUUUGGGCUUUGGGGAUUAUGCUGUAUUUCAUGGUUACUGGAGUUAUGCCUUUCCGGGCCGAAACUGUAGGAAAGCUCAAAAAAUGUAUAUUAGACGGGACUUAUUAUCUUCCUGAUUUUCUCUCUGAACCUUGUCGCGAACUUAUACUCAAUUUAUUACGUCCUGUUCCAACGGAUCGUUAUUCUAUGGAAGAAACUCGCCGGUGCAAAUGGUUGGAAAGUGAAAUCUUUCCAGAAGCUGAUAGUAAAUACACUCUCGUACCUCCAACUGACCUACAGUCAUCUAAUGAAGACGAAAUCGAGGCACUGCGAAUCUUACAAGAACUAGGGAUUUCAUCUGAUAUCAUUGGUAAAAGUCAGGACAGACGAGAAAGUAUUACGGGAACCUACAGAAUUGUUCUUCAUCGUGUUCAAAAACGAAGAUCAGAACUAAUGCGAAAGUCUUCGACUAUGACUUCAUUAAGCCAUUACAAUAAUCGUCCACCAGAUCUGAGAAAUAGACUUGCAGAAGAGCAGGAAAAGCCUCAAACCAAGUCCAAAUUUUGUUCGAUUUUGUAGAGCGUUCUUUUUUACCGCGUAUUAAUUGCAACAUUGGGUAUAUAUGAAUGGUUUGUACAUGUUUUAGCAUGCGGUUCGUAAUCUCUUCAAUACUUUAAAGACUUUGCAGAGCACAAAUCUAUACGUACUUCAGGUUUUGAUAAAUUCUGUCAAAAUUUAUUUAUUGUCUGACCCGGAGUAUUUGCUUAAUCCUUUCCCCCCUGUCUAAAUCAUCACACAUAGGAAGAUAUUGUUGGAAAUCUGUAUUUAUGAAGUGAAUGAAACAUGUGUGAGAAAUCACAAAAAUAUGUAAGAUAUACGAUUUUAUAGGGUAUUUUUUAGACUUCGGAUUUUAUUGUACAUAUACUUCAACAUGUUACAUGUGGUAAGAAUUUGCACUUCAAUAGAAAGUCUGUUUUUCUCUGGAAUAAAUAUGACAAUCCAUUAUUUUACCCAUCACAGCUACAAAUAAAUAUGAGAACGUUUUUUCUUUUCAAUUUCUAGCUUCUCUUUUGGACAAAAGUGUUCUGGGGAUGUUUACUUUGACACUAAUCAUGUAAAACCACAUUGAGUGUGCUACCAUAGCAACCUGAAAUAAUAGUUACAACAAAGACUUAAAACGAUGAAUUUUUUAUCCAUAUUGACAAAUUUUAAAAAUUCAUGAAUUAUAUCAAGGAUUUUAGAAUAUUUCUCAGAAGGCAAUAAUUCAAAUCACAAUUUAUUUUUAUUUGGUAGAAGACAUCGUGAGGUUUUCUGUUAGCCAGGUUCCAUUAUUUUAGUGGCAAUGAAUGAAAGAUAAAUCAGCAGAGUUUCCUGUUCUUGAAAAUUACUUAGAGCUAUUAGUGAUCAGAUAAGGACUGUCAUUAUUUUUUUAAGAAGACAGUACGAACAUUGAUGGGACAUAAAAUUGUGAUGAAACAUUUUCUUUCACUGACUUAAUCCCUAAGUCCAAAGGUUAUGAUUAGUCUCUUGGUGAAACAGUUGAUAAAAUUUGAUAAAUGUUCAUGCGUGUUUGCAUGCAAUAAAAGCUUAUCAUAUUGUAUUAUCCUUCGGGUUUUUAAACUCUUAGCUAACCUUGAAAUGAAUAUCCCUGAUACUUUUAGCUUGAAUAAUUAUUAAAGAUACAUGUACAUGAAAUGAAGGGGAUGUAAAUUUAUGUAUUUUUAUAUGAUACCAAAAAGUUACAUAACAAUAUUGAUACUGAAUAUGUUGUUUUUAAAAUAAUUCGUUUUUAUAACCAAACUCAGUUUGUAAAUAUUACUCAGUGUCAUUCACCAUGAUGGUUUCUAAAAUGUUUAUAACUUUUGGACUUCGUUCAUGUACACCUUAUGGUACAUAAUGAUAUGCUCAUAGGGUUACAUAAUUAUGAACAUAGCUUUCAUUUUACUACUUAUUGGUCUUAAGAUAGUAAAAGGGAAUAUCCUCAA